CUGAUUCAAACCACCAUUGUAUCUUGAGUAAAUUCAAGUGAAUGUUUCCUCAAGCUCACAAUUUCACAAUACCCUAUGGGCAAUUUCUCAACAUUCAAGGAGAUCAGAUUAACAACUAUGGAGAUUCUCAGAGAAUGGACAGACCUGCAGAUUACUUUCAAGUGAUGACUGAUUGUCCUACAUCAACUCCAAACUUCACAGGAAGAGAGGAUAUUUUAGUAACCAUUGACAAUUUUUUUCAUCCCCCACCACCUAAUAAUCCCAGGAAAACUCAAAAGAUCUUUCUUUUGUAUGGAUUAGGGGGGGCAGGGAAAACUCAGGUUGCACUCGAGUUUACAAGGAGGUUCAAGCAGAGGUUUACCAAGAUUUAUUAUAUUGCUGCUGACUCUGAAAUUUCCAUCAAAGCCAGUUUGUUUGACAUUGCUAUGGUCAAUGGGGUUGUGGGUGCCCAAAACUGGCAAUCUGGACUUCGGUGGUUACAUACCCAUGAGGAAUCUUGGAUGAUUAUCAUGGACAAUGCUGAUAAUCCCAAAAUUUCCCUGAAUGAUUACUUUCCUACCUGUGAUCAUGGGAAUAUUAUCGUUACUUCAAGAAAUGCUGAGCUACAAAAUGUAGUAAGCCAGUCAUUGCAGCUUCAAGAUAUGAUCCCAGAUGAUGGGAUUAAGUUGCUGUUGAAACAUGCAGCAGAUAGACCAUUGAGUUUUAAUGAACAAGAACAAGCUGUUAAAAUUGCAAAAGAGCUGUAUCACUUCCCACUGGCUUUAGUACAAGCAGGAGCAUAUAUCAAGCAGCAGAAGUGUCUCAUGACAUACCUUACAUAUCUGAAUAAUGAACGCAAACAGAUAUUGGGAAAAAAAUUGCCUCAACCUCCUGAUAAAUAUAAGCUAUCUAUCUAUGCUACCUGGAAUAUUAGUUGGAAACAACUAAGUGGCAGAAGUAAAACACUGUUGGAAAUAUGUUCCUAUUUGCAUUAUGAAAAAAUUCCUCGCCUUUUGUUUGAAAGGGCAAUUGAAAAUAUCAGUGAGGUAUACAUGCCUCUGGGACCAAGCCAGGCUGUUAAUGAAGCAACAGAUAUGCUAUCAAAUUUAUUCACAUCUGACAUGAAGUGGAGCAAUUAUGAGUUUAAUGAAAUUGUGACAGAAGUAAUUUCUUACUCAUUGCUGCAAAUCUACAAUGAUGGCCUCUAUGAAAUGCACCCAUUAGUACAGCAC